CAGCCUUUGCAAUACUUCAACAUUGUACUGCAUCUCGACUUGCUAGAGCCCCGUUACAAUAAAACGUAUGUCACGUAUGCUUAGGGCCCUUAGGAUCCCCCUUUUCCGGCGACUUCCAUCGCCAGCCCGUCAGUUCCCACCUGGCCCCCUUCUCGACUCAACGGACAAAGUGGAGGAGGAAAAACUAGCAUGGUAUUCCCACUAUAACUUCUUUCCCGUUAAGAUCAGCGAUGUCUUUCAGUCGAAGUAUCAAGUGGUUGGAAAACUGGGCUAUGGAGGGUAUUCAACAGUGUGGCUUUGCAGAGAUUUAGAAGAGCACGUUUACGUCACAUUAAAACUAUACGAAUGUAACUCUGCUCAUGCAAAACGAGAAAUUCAGGUCUACGAUCACCUCAAAAGUCUCAAAUCCUGCCACACUGGUACUGUUCUCGUGCGAACUGUGUUGGAUAAAUUCCAGCUCAGCUCAACCGAUGGCUCCCACUUCUACCAAUGUCUCAUUCACCCACCCUUGGGCAUGAGUCUCUAUGAGCUUCGGAAUCGGUGUCCACGAAAAGUUUUUCCAGAAAACCUACUCAAACCCACCCUCAUCCAUAUCCUCCUUGCGCUAGAUUUCUUACAUACCGAGGCGCACGUGAUCCACACCGAUAUACAAGAAAAGAACAUUAUGCUCAAUAUUGAAGAUGAAUCGAUUCUCGUUGACUUUGAGGAGGCCGAGAUAUCAAAUCCAAGUCCACGCAAAGUGGUCGGUGAUCGAGCAAUAUAUCAUUCUCGAAAGUUGGGUAUUCCAAAAAAACAUGGACGCCCCGUACUCUCAGACUUCGGCGAGGCUCGCUUUGGGUCAGAAUCAGGCACAUAUUGCGAUGAUGUACAGCCAUUUAUGUAUCGGGCCCCGGAGGUACUACUUCGCAUGCCCUGGAAUGAAAAGAUCGACAUUUGGAACCUUGCAGUCGUAGCCUGGGACCUAUUCGAACAGGGCCAUCUUUUCUACGCUCAGGAUGAAAACAAACGAGAAUCGGAUAGUCACCAUCUUGCUGAAAUGAUUGCAUAUCUGGGGCCACCGCCACGUGAUAUGCUUGAGAAAAGUGAAUAUGCAAAUAAGUAUUUUGAUAGUAGCGGAAAAUGGAAGUGCCUUGCUGAAAUCCCCCUUACGUCUUUAGAGGGCAUUGAAAGCAACUUGAGGGCCGAGCAGCAAGAGGAUUUUCUCCGUUUCAUAAGGAAAAUGCUUCAGUGGCGACCAGAAGAUCGACCUACUGCGAACGAGUUAUUAUCCGACUCUUGGUUAAGGUCUACGUAGUUUCAAAUUGCCCUAGCGCGACAGUUCAUGUAAUAGAAAUGUAUAUACUGCGGCUGAAAUUCGCCGGAUCUUAGAUGGAUACAUCAUGCUGAGAAGUUCGCUCUUGGUCCUUCGCGCUACCUACAACCUGAUCCUCAGAAGACGGAGAUAGAACACCUGGUUCAAAAUGCUACACAGAUGGUCCGCGCAAAGCUUG